UAUUGCGGCUUGCUCCAGGUACCACCAACCUCCGGGAAAGAGGGAGGUGGUGGUAGACGGAAGCCUAGACCCGGGCGCCCGCACUAAGUCUGUGGCAGCGACUAAGGGCGUGGGUUGGCUGCAGAGCGCAAAGACUCAAAAGCCCUGAGGGGCAAGAACAGGACGUCCCAUUCCCAAUUCCCAGCUUGAAAGGCGACUCUGAGGGUCAGGGUCGGGAGAAGGGACAAGGUGAAGAAAGCUGCGAGAGAGGGCGGUAGGACCCUGCGGGAGAUUCUUUCGCAGGGAAUGGAACUGGGCGGGAGGAAAAGAGGGAGGGAGAGAGCAAAAGGGAAGGUGCUUUGCAGCCCGCAUCUGCACUCGCCGCACUGCACGAGUUGCACGGCCGGACUAGACUGGACCUAGAUAGUAUAAAAGGAGCCUCACGGGCUCUGAGGCUCACGUCCUGCUCUCGGGCUGGCGCACACCGGGUUCCUCCCGCUUCCCCAGACACCUGCCCCCUCCUGGUGUGAGGAUCCAGGUGCCCUAGUCCCGUUCACCCCGUGGCAUGGCUCCCAGCGGUUCUGCUGGAAUCCUGGAGGUGGUGACAACUGCAAGGUGGCUCAAACAGCUACAGAUGAGGCCCCCGAGUCUCCCCUCUGGUGGCCUUGUCUCCGCGGGGCAGCUCACCGUAUUGGCCAGCGCGUGAAAAAGGAGGGAGUGCGGAGCUCUGGCGCCAGGCGCGGCGCGGCUCCCAGACUUCACAAUCCCCCUAAGUCGGGAGGCAGCUCAGAAAGUAGCCCGGCUCCGUGCGGGGGGCGCGGGGCGGGGAUGCAAGCCCAGGACUCAGCCCUGGCUUGCAAGCUUCGGUCUGCACAGCCAGCAAACUCCUGCGGGCGGAGUCUGCAGAUUCCGGAGCGCCCGGGUUAGGAGAAGCUGAGACCUGAGCAACUGGGGUAAGAGGUCCCGCUUGACACGAGACCCUUCCUCAAGCGAUUCUUAGCCCUUCUCCACUGUUUGCCUCCAGGGAACCUGAGCGGAGCUGGACUGGGUGGUCCAGUGCUUUAAUGAACCUGGGCGAAGACCGGGCGUGGAGAGGAGCUAGGAGACGCGGCGGCAGCGCCGGGCGCACUGGUGGCCGCGCCAGUGACCUCUCAUUUCGCCUGAGAACAUAGGCAGAGGAGUUACUGAGGAGUCUACGGAACUGGCUAGCCAAAGGAGACAAGCCUGUGGUCUCCAUGAUCCUCCCGUCCUCUGUUCUAUCCCUUGUCCUCUCCAUGCUCAAGAGCUGCGCUCCGGAGCAAGGGCGAUCAGAGCCAUGGAGGAGCAGGGUGUUCAGUGCGCCCCGCCGCCUCCCGCUGCCUCCCAGACAGGAAUACCUCUCACCAACAUCUCCCACAACUGCAGCGCCGACGGCUACAUUUACCAGGACUCCAUCGCCCUGCCCUGGAAAGUCCUGCUGGUUGCAUUGUUGGCGCUCAUCACCUUGGCCACCACGUUCUCCAACGCCUUUGUGAUCGCUACAGUAUACCGGACCCGGAAGCUGCACACCCCGGCUAACUACCUGAUCGCCUCUCUGGCAGUCACUGACCUGCUCGUGUCCAUUCUGGUGAUGCCUAUCAGCACCAUGUACACGGUCACUGGACGCUGGACACUAGGCCAGGUGAUCUGCGACUUCUGGCUGUCGUCGGAUAUAACCUGUUGCACUGCUUCCAUCAUGCAUCUCUGUGUCAUCGCCCUGGACCGCUACUGGGCCAUCACUGAUGCAGUGGAGUAUUCAGCUAAAAGGACUCCCAAAAGGGCGGCCAUCAUGAUCGCCCUGGUGUGGGUCUUCUCCAUCUCUAUUUCGCUUCCACCCUUCUUCUGGCGUCAAGCCAAAGCGGAGGAGGAGGUGCUGAACUGCUUUGUGAACACCGACCAUGUCCUCUACACUGUCUACUCCACGGUGGGCGCUUUCUAUUUGCCCACCCUGCUCCUCAUCGCCCUCUAUGGCCGCAUCUAUGUGGAAGCCCGCUCUCGGAUUUUGAAACAGACACCCAACAAGACCGGAAAGCGCUUGACCCGAGCCCAGCUAAUAACAGACUCCCCAGGGUCCACGUCCUCGGUCACCUCUAUUAACUCCCGGGCUCCCGACGUGCCUAGUGAGUCCGGGUCUCCUGUAUACGUGAACCAGGUCAAAGUGCGAAUCUCAGACGCCCUCCUGGAAAAGAAGAAACUCAUGGCCGCUAGGGAGCGCAAAGCCACCAAGACCCUAGGGAUCAUUUUAGGAGCAUUUAUUGUGUGCUGGCUGCCCUUCUUCAUCAUAUCCCUGGUGAUGCCUAUCUGCAAGGAUGCCUGCUGGUUUCACAUGGCCAUCUUUGACUUCUUCAAUUGGCUAGGCUAUCUUAACUCCCUCAUUAACCCCAUCAUCUACACCAUGUCCAAUGAGGACUUCAAACAAGCAUUCCAUAAACUGAUACACUUUAAGUGCACAGGCUGACUUGUCAAUGGCAGUGGGGUCCCCUAAGCGACCUUUGGGGACCAAGUUGGGUCUUUCCACAGGUAGGUCAAAUCUUCUUUCCCUGUUAUUGGGUGGAAGCAAGGCUUUUUCUCCUGGGCAAGGGCAAUGGAUCCUCAGAAGCCAGGCAGCUCUGGGAGAGAGAGCACUCUGGAAGGAGAAUUUGCUCAAACUACUGUAAAGCUUCUAUGCUGAGGAGGUAAGCCUCCUCUCCUCAAAACCCGGGCUCAGUACAGAUCCUCCAGCAGCCAGUCACACAAAAGGUUGCAACUUUUUAACUUUGAUGAUGGACAGGGGGAAAAAUCCUUGCCCCUUUGGUCUCAUGGACACUGUUGCCCUCUAAGGCAGCCGCACUUGCAGGUGUUGUCUGAACCCUGUCUGAGACAGACCUACAUACAGCCUGGCAGUACUUGAACUAGACAGUUAAUACCCUGCGCUUUGGAGAGAACUUUGAGUUACAGCUUAAUUUUAGAACAUUUAACUUCCGGCAUCCU